AUGAACUACCUGCGUCGACGACUCUCGGACAGCAAUUUCAUGUCCAACCUGCCCAAUGGCUACAUGACCGAUCUCCAACGCCCCGACCAGCCGCAAAGCCCCGCAGUGUCGCCCGGCCCGACGGAGAGGCGGCAGUCCCUCAGCCAGUCGCAGCAGCCGCAGCCGCCGCCGCAGCAGCAGCCGCCGCCGCAGCAGCAGCCGCCGCAGCAGCAGCAGCAGCAGCCUGGUGGAGGUGGAGGUGGAGGCUUCUUCUCAUCCAUAUCAAAUGCUGUUAAACAGACCACAGCUGCUGCCGCUGCCACCUUAUCUGAGGCAGCUGACCGGGCAGGAGUCUCCAGCAGUGCCAAGAUGCUCCUGGUUAUCGAUGACCAGCAGACCGACUGGGUGAAGGUCUUCAGAGGAAGAAAGGUCCAUAGUGAAUUUGACAUCAAGGUAGAACAGGCAGAAUUCUCUGAAAUCAGCCUGGUGGUGAAUUCCACAGGCACUUACAAUGUGGACAUUGAUGCAAUCAGGAAUGGGCAUAAGGUUACUAAAUCCUUGAAGCCAGACUUUGUGCUGAUCAGACAGCAUGCCUUCAGCAUGGACAAGAAUGGAGACCACCGGAACAUAGUGAUUGGACUGCAGUAUGCUGGACUGCCAAGUGUUAACUCUUUGCACUCUGUCUACAAUUUCUGUGACAAACCAUGGGUGUUCGCUCAGAUGUCUAGACUCUCCAAGCAACUGGGCUCAGAGGAGUUUCCUCUCAUAGAGCAGGUUUACUACCCAAACCACAAGGAAAUGAUUACCUCGCCCCGCUUUCCUGUCGUGGUAAAGAUGGGCCAUGCUCACUCAGGAAUGGGAAAGGUGAAAGUGGACAAUCAAUAUGAUUUUCAAGAUAUUGCCAGUGUUGUGGCACUGACCAAGACGUAUGCCACAUCCGAGCCCUUCAUUGAUGCAAAGUAUGAUGUCCGCAUCCAGAAGAUCGGCAACCAUUACAAAGCUUACAUGAGAACAUCAAUUUCUGGCAACUGGAAAACCAACACUGGCUCAUCUAUGCUGGAGCAGGUGGCCAUGUCAGACAAGUACAGAAUGUGGGUGGACUCUUGUGCUGAUAUCUUUGGAGGGUUGGAUAUCUGUGCUGUGGAGGCUCUACAUGGUAAAGAUGGCAAGGACUACAUUAUAGAGGUUGAUGACUGUUCGAUGCCACUGAUUGGAGACCAGCAGGACGAGGACCGUGUUCAGAUUGCAGAGCUGGUUAUUUCUAAGAUGAACCAGGCUGUUCCACGCACUUUGAGCUCUUCCACAGCAGGACAGCCUGCACAGAAAGCAGUUUCUCCUCAGCCUGUCUCACAGCCCAAAGUACCACAGGCUCAACAGCGCCCCUCACCUCAGGGUGGUCCUCAGCAAAGUCCCCCAUCUCAGCAGCGCCCACAGCCUCAAGGACAACCUCCUGCACAGCAAUCUGCUGUGAACCCAGCAACCGGUGACCCCAGUGCUCAGGCUAAGGCUACCCAGGGACCUGCAGCCCAGCCACGGCCACCAGGUCAGGGAUCCCCUCAAGGUCAGAGAACUCCUUCUGGUCAGGGCUCUCCUCAGCGAAGCCAGGGAGGUUCACCUCAAGCUCAGAGGCAACAGUCUGUCCCCCUGCAGCAGAAACCUCAACAGAGGCCCGCACAGCCUCCUAGACAGCAGUCAUUGGGGGCAGCGCAGCAACAGAGGGCUCCCGGACAGCCAGGUCGCCCUGGAGGACCCACCACCCAGCAGCCCCGACCUGCUGCUCAAGGCCAUGGGGGCCCAGGAGGACGACCCCCACUGCAGCAAAAGCCUCAGCCCCCAAACAAGCCCAGUCAGGACAACCCGGCUAUGAGCGGUUCUCCACAACUAAACAAGUCCCAGUCUCUUACCAAUACCUUCAACAUUCCAGAAACCCCAGCGCCACGAGCCAGCCUUAGCCAGGAUGAGGUGAAGGCUGAAACCAUACGCAAUCUACGCAAAUCUUUUGCCAGUCUCUUUUCAGACUGA